AUGUUUCUAUCCUAUCUACAUCACAGACCCCUCAGACUUGCCUUGUCUACUAGAGGCAUACACCCACCAUGUACUAACAACCUUAGCACGCGCUCUCGCACAAUCCGCAACAGAACCUCAGCCCGAGUCUCCGUACCUUCUCUUCUCUACGAGGAAGCAGCGCCCACCGACCCCUCAAAACCAUGGGUAUGGCGCACCAAUCUCGCCGAAACGAAGCCCUUCUGGGAAAACUGGUUCAUCGGUCUGAGCAAGAAAUUUCUGGAAGCUCGUGGCGGAAAACUACUUCUUCUCGCUGGAACAGAUCGUCUGGAUAAAGAAUUGAUGAUCGGACAAAUGCAGGGUAAAUAUCAGCUGCAGGUAUUUCCCGAAGCGGGGCACUUCGUCCAGGAAGACCAGCCGGUCAAGACGGCUCAGGUGCUGGUAGACUUUUAUAAGAGAAAUGACAGGAGUGCUUUGGUACUGCCGCCUAAGGUGGCCGAUAUGCAAGCCUCGGCGGCUAUGAAACAGGGAGCUGAAGCUGGAGCUGUUCCGCCCUUUGGGAGGGGGCAGGGCUCUUCUCAUAAACCAUAG